UCUCUGGCUUCACAGUUUACCGGAAGUGUGAAGCCGGUAGUCAUGGCGCCUCUGUUUGGCGCAACCUAUUAGCUGUGAAAACUUGCACAUUUGUUUGUGUUUCUCAGCUUUUAUUUUUCUCUUUUGACUCGAGAGGAGGCGUUUACAGAGUGAUGAAGCGUGGCCGGACGGAGCAGAUCCAGCACGCCGUGGCGCAGUACCUGAAGAGACGGCAGUAUGCGGACGUGGACGGUUCGCUGAAAGCGGCCAAGCUGUCUCAGUCUGCCGAGGAAAUGGCAGCCAACCUCAUGGUUCAGACAGAGUCGAGCUGCGGGAACGUGGUUUCUGCAGCUCCGUGCCAGUCAGACCCUCAGCAGUACGAGACUCAGUUCUCCAGGUUACGCAGCUUUCUGUUGGAGGCGGAGGUGCCGUUGGGCCGGGAGGUGAGUGCUGUGCUCUUCCCUCUCUUCCUCUACCUGCACCUGGACAUGGCGCGCUGUGGCCUGAAGGGCUCCGUCGACUCCUUCUUCAGCCGCUUCCACUCCUUCUUCCAGCAGGACGCCGAGCAGAGAGCCAUCGUGGAGCAUCUCCGGGGAGUCGUCACGCCGCAGGACGUGGCCUCCAACUCCAAACUGUGCUCUCUGCUGGAGCACAAGUACGUGGUGCACCUGACAGAUGAGGCCUACACUUACCUGCUGCGCUACCUCCAGAGUGAUGACAACAGCGCCCUCUGCAGGGUGCUCAGCACACACCUACAGGUGGAGGUUUCUGCUGUGCGUCGCUCUGACUACCAGCUCUAUGGGGCGGGGCUCACUACAGGAAACUCCACCUCCAUGUCCUGCUCCAGCGGCUGGUUGGGCAUGGACGGGACAGAAGGGGCGGACUCUGUAGACGUCACAGCGGGGUUACCGCCUCAAAACGAGGCUGCCCUGGAGGCGCUUCAGGACUGCAUCAGGCGUGUGCGCGAGGGUCCUCCGUCCCUCACCACGGUCUGCUUCUACGCCUUCGAGAACACGGAGCAGCUGCUGAACGCCGCGGAGGUGUCACCCGACAGCCGCCUGCUCGCUGCCGCCUUCGACAACUCCGCCCUCAAGCUGUGGAGCCUCCGAGCCAGGAAGCUGAAGGCGGGGCCUUGUAGGGCCAACGUGUCCAAGAUACGCCUCGCCUGCGACCUAGUGGAGGAGGAGACAGAAGAGGAGGAGUUGGGCAGUGAGAUGAAGACUCUGCGCGGUCACAGCGGUCCGGUGUACGGCGCGGCGUUCCUGCGUGACUCCACGGGUUUGCUCUCGUGCUCGGAGGACUGCACAGUACGGUACUGGGAGCUGCGUGGUUUCAGCAAUGCUGCCGUGUACCGAGGCCACGCCUACCCCGUAUGGGACUUAGCAGUGAGUCCGUGUGGUCUGUACUUCUGCACGGCGUCACGCGACACCACGGCACGUCUCUGGACUCCGGCCCGCGCUCACCCGCUGCGACUCUACGCCGGACACCUGGCCGACGUCGACUGCGUGCGCUUCCACCCAAACUCGAGCUACAUUGCUACCGGCUCGACCGACAGGACUGUCCGGCUGUGGAGCACGCAGCACGGCGGCUCAGUGCGCCUACUGACGGGACACAGAGGCCCCGUACUGGCACUCGCCUUCUCACCCGACGGCAGGUAUCUGGUGUCUGCAGGUGAGGACCAGCGGUUGCGGUUGUGGGACUUGGCGGCAGGCGGCGUGCUGAAGGAGCUGCGUGGACACACGGGCGCCAUCACCAGCCUGGCGUUCAGCCCGGACAGCUCGCUCAUAGCCUCGGCCGCUCUGGAUAACUCGGUGCGUGUCUGGGACGUAAGGAACGCCCAUGGAGGGGGCGCUGUGCCUCCGGACGGCUCCAGCCCCGAGCUGGUUGGAGUUUACACGGGUGAGACGAGCAGCGUCCUUAACGUCCAGUUCACCGCCUGCAACCUGCUGCUGGUCACCGGCACGGCGCAGGAGAAACAGGAGCAGUGAGUGCGAAGACACAGUUUUGUGUCUGUGGACGGAGUGGAUUUGAUUCUAGUUCAACACUCUGAUGCACUAAAUACACCCAAAACAUCUACAUCUGAUGGAGGAUCAGUAUUUUUUCCUUCAAAUAAACUUCUAUCACUUUAUAUCAGUCAAGCAGCUGUUUGUAAAUUGUGAUACAAAGCUCUGAAUUUCACGAGAUGGUGUGUUAUGUUUCAGUGUCUGUUAGUGUUGCUUUCUGUUGUUUAAAAUUUUUAUAUCUAUUUUUUUGUAUCAAUGUCCCAGGCUUAGUGGUUUUGCAUUUAAGGAAAUGUCUCUGUUUU